CCAGUUUCAGGAAAGGUUCUGGCAGACGAGCAAGCGGCUCUGUGCGAGUCUCCGGGACCUGUCUGCGCGCAACAAGGCCAGCUCCUGAGAAAAUGACCUUCGCCUCGCUCUACCUAAUCGGAUUGUUCAUCUGCAUUGGGGAAGCCGUCCUUCAAGUGACAAUUUCUCUGGGCAAAGUGGAACUCAGUGUGGGAGAAUCCAAGUUCUUCACCUGCACAGCUAUUGGGGAACCUGUCAGUAUAGAAUGGUACAGUCCUGAUGGAGAAAAGGUUAUCUCCAAUGAACGGGUAGUUGUGCAGACAGAAGGCGUGCGAUCACGACUAACCAUUUACAAUGCCAACGAGGAGGAUGCUGGCAUCUAUCAAUGUCAAGUGACGGACGCCAGUGGAAAUUCUCAGGAAGCUACAGUCCUGGUGGAAAUUUACAAAAAGCUGACCUUUCAUGACAUCACAUCGCCACAGGAGUUCAGAGAGGGAGAGGAUGCUGAGGUGAUCUGUCAAGUGAGCAGCUCUCCAGCCCCUAUGAUAACCUGGCUGCAUAACAACCAGGAUGUCACUGCUGUUCUCAGGGACAACUUUAUGAUGGUUGGUGACAGUAACUUGAAAAUCCGACGCAUUAGUAAGAAGCAUGAAGGUGUCUACAGGUGUGAGGGAAGAGUGGAAGCGAGGGGAGAAAUUGAUUUCAGAGACAUCACUGUAAUUGUCAAUGUUCCUCCCAUAAUCCAUGUGCCUGUGAGGUCAGCAAAUGCAACAGCAGAUCGACAGGAGUCUGUGACACUGAUGUGCACUGCAACUGGCUCUCCAGAACCCGACAUUACCUGGUACAGAAACGGAAGGCUGGUUGAAAACAAUGAUAAGUACUUGAUGAAGAAAAGUACCGAGCUGACAAUAAGGGACAUUGGCCGUGAAGAUACAGGGCCCUACAGCUGCAGAGCCGUGAACAAAGCAGGAAGCGUGGAAGAACAAUUGUUCCUGAAAGUCUUCGUUCAACCGCGUAUAACAUCCUUGGAGAACAAGACGGCAACAGAGAACGGCCGCGUGGAGAUUACCUGUGACGCAGAGGGAGAUCCGAUUCCAACAAUCUUCUGGAGUAGGUCUGGCAAUGGAAGCAAUUUUCUUGAAGGAGAGAAGAUCCGCAAUGAGAGGCUCGAGGUGCAGAGUCAGAAUGGGAAAUCUUCCCUGCACAUCAGAAACAUUGAACCGAGUGAUUCAGGGGCUUAUCACUGUGAAGCUAUAAGUCCAAUUGGGCGAGACCGGAAGAGCAUGCAUUUAGACAUUCAGUACGCUCCCAAGUUUCUCUCAACCCAGGUGACCUACUACUCCUGGGAGGGCAAUUCCGUCAACAUCAGCUGUGAUGUCACAGCCAACCCACAGCCGUCCAUCCACUGGAGAAAGGAAGGGGUGGUCCUCUCAGACCUGAACACGUCCGCUGUCAGCAUUUACAAGAAGGGGACCAAGAUCCUUCUGGAGAUUACUCCAGCUGUGGACAGUGAUUUUGGCAGCUACAACUGCACGGCCAGUAACCAGAUAGGAACCAGGUUUCAGGAGUUCACGCUCGUACAAGCUGCUGUGCCAUCCCGUCCAUAUGGGUUGAGAGUGCUUGCUGCAUCACAGACAAUUGCAAGAAUCUCCUUUACCAAGCCUGAUUCGCAUGGCGGUGUCCCUAUCCAUCACUAUCAAGUGGAGGUAAAGCAGGCAGAUUCCGAAGACUGGAAAUCCGUGAAUUCCAAUGGGACUCAAACUCAAGUCAUCCUCACCAACUUGAAGCCCAAUUCAACCUACCACUUCCGCGUGGCGGCUGUCAAUGGCAAAGGCCAAGGGAAACACAGUCAGAUGGAAACCUUUCAGACUCUCCCAGUCCAGGAGCCCGGACCUCCCGCAGUUCAGGGUUACAAAGGCAGCGGCAAGAACUUCAAGCUGGUGGUGACUAAGCAGGACGAUGGAGGUUCCCCCAUCCUGAGAUAUGUGCUCAAGUACCGGACUAAGGACAAGGAAGAGGAAUGGGUGCAGAAGGUAACACAGGGAGGCCAGGACUCCAUCAUCCUGGAGCAGCUCCAAUGGGACAUGCAGUACCAGGUCCAGAUCACAGCCGUCAACAAGUUGGGAUCUUCGGAGCCAACCUUCUACGAGUUCACCAUGCCGCCAAAACCUAACACCAUUGCCAACACCCUGUUCCGGAGCCUGGGUCUCGGGGCCGUCAUUGGUCUCGCUGUUGCUGCUCUCUUGCUCAUCCUGGUCAUCACGGACAUCAGCUGCUUCUUCAUGAAACAGUGCGGAGUGCUGAUGUGCAUCGCCACAAGGAUCUGUGGGAAAAAGAACAGCUCGAGCACCAAGGCCAAGGAGGCAGAAGAAGGCAAAGCAGCGUAUUUGAAGGAUGGAUCAAAGGAGCCAAUAGUGGAGAUGAGGACGGAAGAUGAACCAAUCACAAACCACGAUGGGAGCUCAGCAAAUGAACCGAACGAGACCACCCCCCUCACAGAGCCCGAGAAGUUACCUCUAAAGGAAGGAAACGGCAAAGAAUCUUUGAGUCCGGAAAACAUGGAAGAGGCGGUGCCUAAUGACAUCAUCCAGCCAAAAGAAGACUGCACCAAAGCAUGAUGGGAAGAACUCUGCGCAAGAAACAGGCAAAACACAGUUAACCCUGCAACCAAUAUUUGUAGGAAGGGGAAUCCAUAUUUGUGAGGUCAAGGCAUUAGAAUGGCUUUGGAAACUUUCCUAAGUUGCAUUAUCAGUAAUACAAGAAAUCAAAAUUUGUCCUCGUUUUUCUGGAAGGAUUUUUGGAAAAAAAAAUAUUUCUGUCUUAAUUUUUUUCCCCUUUUGCUGUUAAGAAAAUAAAAAAAAGUGUAACAUGUAAAUGAUAUUGUGGAGUUAAAGUUAAAAACAAUCUUUAUAUUGCUCUCUCUAUCUAUGUAAAUAUAUAUACAUAUAUUAUAUAGCAGACAGAAACAAUCAGUCUGUUGUUUCCCAGUCAGUGAAGUAUUAUCUAUUCUUGUAAUGCAGGAGAAUGUGACUCUGUUCCUUGUGCAACCCUUUUCCUUUCAGUCGUCCGAGAUGGAGGUGAAUAUUGUCAUCAGAUAGUUAGCAGGCUUUGGACAAUUCAAGGCAGAUAGGGUUGGUGAUUGAUAUCACCAGGAACUUCCCUUUAGAUCUCAGUUAUCACUCACCUGCACCUUGAUGUUCCUUCCUCUGGAGUUUCCUGGAUCCAGUUGACCACCUUGCCACGCAACUCAUCCCCACCCACCCCUGGCCUGUCACCCUCUCCACAAAGCUUCCCAGAUAUCGGACUGAUCUUGUUCCACGUAGCUAACUUUCUCAUUGUGUGAGGAUGCCGGGAGGAUCAUAGUGGACUUGCAGUUCCAUCUGUAAAAUGAAAUUUCUGUCCAAAACAAGUCACACACUCACUCCAUUGGCCCAACCACACAGAAGGAAAGAGUCAUUGGCUUAGCCAACAGAGAGAACCAUUGGCUCAACCACACAGAGGGAGAGAGUCAUUGGCUGAACCACACAGAGGAAGAGAGUCAUUGGCUUAGCCAACAGAGAGAACCAUUGGUCCAACCACACAGAGGGAGAGAAUCAUUGGCUUAGCCAACAGAGAGAACCAUUGGCUCAACCACACAGAGGGGAGAAAUCGGAAAAUAUAUUCUGGAACUUCAAUGUGGAACAGAAACUCUAUCUGCUGUAACAUUCUACAUUCUUGCAAAACUCUGCAUCAUAAUUCCUGUCACUAGAGGGUGAUAAAGACUUUGCUUUUUGACUUUAAGCAUUGACUUGAAGCUGGAUAUUUGGAGAUGGAGUGGAGGGGUGAUUGAAAGAAACACACAAGCCAUACAUAGCACCCAACACAGCAUUCCAAGAGGACAACCCCUUCUUGGUGAAUUGCUCCCAAAGUUCCCCUUUCGUGAAACAUCCCUAACAUCCCUUCUCCACAAAGGACACCCCUGCCCUUGUUACUUCAGCAGCAGGAACUGGUCUGCUUCCCGGGUGCCCCUCUGCCGUGCUUCUUGCUGUUCGAAGAGCGCCUGGCCACCAUUUUGUGACCAAAGUCCUCCGCCCUCCUCCCUUUGCUCCCAGCUGCCUCCGCACAGUCAGGUAGUCCUCAGCUGUAACUCUGCUCUUUGUAAGAUUUUGUGAUUUAUUUCUUCAAAUGUUCGGGAUUUUUUUUAACCUCGCUAUAAAAGAAAAGCAUUGUUUUUUUUAAGAAAAAUCAGUUUGUGACGAAGGUGUAAAGCCUCCCUCUCAACGGGUGUUACUUUUUGACCAUAUUCUGUACUCUUGCUGUUUUAUUGUUGUGUGGUUUGUUGGUUGGUUUCCAUCAGGAAGGGCCUAUCGGGACUUUAAGGGAGGAAUCCCAAUAACUACCCCCAUCUCAGUGCUUGGGAUAUGGGUCAAGGCAACCUUUGAUUGGGGGGGCUCCAGAUUAAAAACACAAGAAGGGAAAAUUCCACAUGUGAUUUGAGAAACCAUUGCCCUCCUCAAAAAGAGACGCAAAAAUCAUUCAAGGAAAACUACUUGUGGCCCGCAGGGGGGGUGAGGUGACCCCCAUUGCCUCUGUCCUUCAUUCAGUCCAGUGGCCAUUGAAUCUCAGGGCACUUCCAACUCACCGGGAAAGGCUAACUCCAAGAGGAGGCAAAAUUACACGGAGACCAAUUUUGGAAAAACUGUUCAGAGUCUCUGCCUGCGUCACCAAGGCAGAGUGGAGUAGGAACAGGAGACUCCAAAGGAAAGAAUUGACAGGGCUACUGGGUAAGGGUUUCCAGGUGGGAUGACUCAGACAGGGCUCCUAGUGUCCCAGUGGUCCCUCUCAGUGCUGCUUCCCCGAUGUUCUGAGAUUAGGGUUUGAGCUCAGUCGGUUGUACUCUACACACAGUCCAGUGGGACGGUGUGUUAUGUUCCCCUUCCAAAAUUCAGCUCCACAAUGUUGGAUUUUACCCUUCCCAACACCUGCCGGAGCCUCGGGCUACACAAGACCCUUCCCGACCACCAUUCUCGGGAGCUUUAUCACUCGAGCCUCCUCUCCUCCGCUCAGAUGAAACCUUUUGCUCGUCUCCGCGGACAGGACGAGGGGUCGCCUCUACGAAGCGCCGAAAGACGUUCCUCGCUUCCAGCACUGCCCCCUCUCUCUCUCCUCACUCUCUCGGAGCACCGCUCCCAAUGAGGGGGGGGUCACACCACACGGCCGUCUCUCGGAGAGAGCGCAGAGAGGCGAGGGGUGGAAAGGGUGAAGGUGAAAGACUGGUGCACCAAUUCUGCAAACCCCCGCCCCCUCAUUCUGCCUUGCCUCAUCCCUCUACUCAAUCCCCUCCCAGAAAGCAGAGGAAGCAGAGGGGUGGAGAGGAAGCAGGGAGAGAUCAGGACAUGGGCCAAACACAGGGAAACCAGGGCUUCUUCCUGUGGCAUAUUCUCCCAGUAGGAAGCCAUUCACCUCCCGGCCAUACCUGGGCACUUUAUUCUUAAAGGUGACACUCUGAUCAUUGGGUUGGCUGAAGGGAGUGACAUCACCAGGAAAAGAAUAGUCCUCUUAAAGGGGAAAGCUUAAGUACUAUCGCAAGAAGGAUUACACCCACAAGCUGGGGCUGAGAUUCCCUUUAAGACCCUUAUCUUUUAGAAAUCUAUCCACAAACUGAAAGUUCUGGUCCUUGAACCUGCCUCGUUGGAACACUGGGGAUAGAUUGGAUGUACAAACCCCCUCGCGUUUUGACGCUUCAGUUCUGUAACAUGACUCUCGACUUUGAGCUCAGGGUCCUGACAACAUGGUUGUUAAAAAUUGUGAAACCCACUGUACCUGGAAAACAAUGUGACAUUUUGCAAUCGGUACGUUCGAUGGGAUUGGUCUCCGGUCUGUGUCUGUACUCCAAAGCUACUGUUGUGUAUGUAUAAGAGGAAGCUGUGAUUAGUCGGUAGCCAGACUGCAGAUGUGACACCGUCUACAGAUGUGAAAGUAUCACUCACCCCCUGUGUCUUUUCUAAUUAAAUGCCAUGUGUGCAGCUCAUCCUGCAUGUUGGAAAA